GCACCAGGCAGAAGGCUGCUAGGCAGAUGAGGCACUCCCUUGUCACCUUCUCUAUAAAGUGCACUUCAGAUCUCUGCCUCCAAGCGGCUGCCAGGUUUUACAGCCAAACAUCUCGGUCAAUAUUCACCGGCAAAUCUCAAUAUGGGCUACUCUGAGAUCUACUGCGCGCUAUGCGGCAUCAGCUUCAACAUCGCGCGACUCCGAACCGCCGAUGAGCCGGAGGAUGCUGCAUGGACAACAUACGCUCCGGUAGGAUGGAUCAAUCCUCUAGGUCGCGACAACGGAGAGUGUUCCACCGAAGAAACGGGCUGUUGCUACGUCAUCCGCAACUGCGAGUGGUACAAACGCGGCAUCAGCGAAGGCAUGAAGUCCGAUCUCUGGGAAAUCAUGUUCUUCGAGUACGAGGAGGGAAAGCUCCCUAAAGUCGGAGACAAGUUGCCCAUGGCCGAGCCAAUCAUGGAACUGGACGGUCGGAUUGGAUUGAAGAAACAGGACCUCGAGCAUGUCGCCGGUCCCGGGUGUAGAUGUACAAAUGGAUACGUUGGGCAUCGGGUGUCCGUCGAGGAAAUGCGUUCUUGCCAGACAGCUCAGUGUCUUGCUGCAAAGCAGGGUGGCUGGCAACUUCAGUCUGAUGAUUGCCAGGUUGAGUUAGAAAGCAAUUAUUUCUUAACCGGUCUCGUGGAUGGCAUGCCAGAUAUUGAAAUGGGUUGGAUUGGGAUCAGUCCCGUCAGACACGGUCUAGAUCAGCUUGAUCCAGCGGAUCCCUUUGGUCACUGCUACGACGAUGAGUACAAUAAUCCACCAUUCCAUCCAGCGUGUUUCGCCAUCUUCAUGAAGCUCAGCCGUCUUCGUUUCGGUCGCGUUGUAGUGGACAGCCUAAUGGACUUCUUUUCAAACAUCGAUGCGGACGAAUAUAGUUUAAUAGAAACAUUGAUGGACCCCGACGCCGCUGGAUGCACUGAUCAGUGGUGGGACCAUGUACGUGGCACGGAGUGGCUUGCCGUCAAUCCAUUCUACGUGCCUCGUUUACGAGAGAUUUUCCAAAAGGCCAUGAACAGUGAGAUUUCCUUCAGUCAACAGGACUCUGCAUUCACAAACUCCAUCUCAGCACCGGAUCAUCACAAGGAUCCCUUUGCCCAGCUGCCGCCUGAGCUGCGGAACAUGGUUCUCGACCGCCUUGUCGCAAAGGAUAUCGCGUCUCUGCGCCUUGCAUCGCGGACAUUCUACGAUAUCCCUAUCUCUCUAUUCCACGGUCUUAUUCGCAAGGAAAUGCCUUGGUUAUGGGAGAUUUGGGACGAUGAAGCUCCAUUCUUCUGGGCUACAGUCACCGAGGCAGAUAUCAGAGCGAACGGCAUCUUGGAAAAUUCUGUCGAUCGAGAGAGCCAGGUUGUUGGGCACACUAUGAAUGUCGAAGAGCAUGUGCGUCGGUGGACAUUACCGAAGCCACCUGUUCCAACCACCAAUUGGUAUAUCAUUUACCGGGACAUCAAGAAGCACUGGACCGAUUUGAAAGGACUGCGGAGUCGUAAGCGCAUUUGGACCUGGCAAGGGGGGAUUAUUGAUGGUAUGGAGAAGCGUUUCAACAGGGGAGAUGCCUGAGCUUCGUGGGACUUUGUGGCCAAUGCUCAUUGAAAUGAGUUAAUAUCGUAAUUAUCC